AAUUCAAUACUUUUGUGUUCAUGUUCCCUCUAGAAUUAGAUCCAAAUUUUAUGAAGAGGGAAAGGGAAGGAGAGUUUGAAGCUUUAGAUAUGGUGGAUUGUUUGUCCAAAGUGGAGGAGCCAUGGCGGAAGAAUACUGCUCCGGCCGCCGAUUCCGGCAAAGUUUUUGUGUGUAAAACGUGUAAUAGGGAAUUUUCAUCGUUCCAAGCUUUGGGAGGGCAUAGGGCCAGCCACAAGAAGCCCAAUUUCAAAGACGCUAACGGCCCACCAACAAAGCCCAAGGCCCACGAUUGUCCCAUUUGUGGGCUUCACUUUCCGAUGGGUCAAGCGUUGGGCGGCCACAUGAGGCGCCACCGCACCUCCACCACCACCGCCGCCGCUGUGCUGGAGAAAUCUGACGGCGGUGAGAAAAGGGGUUUCGGUUUGGAUUUGAACUUAACGCCAAUAGAAAACAAUUUGAAAUUGCAAUUGUCCACUCCUUUUGUAAAUUGUUUUUAUUAGUUUCUUUUUUUCUUUGUUCCUUAUUCCACACAAAUUCUUUAUUAUUUUUUAUUUUAUAUUAAUGUAUAUUAAAUUUACUUUUCAUA